AGCCGGCGCCGUCCACCGAGUGGGGCGGACCCAGGAUCCAGGCCCAGAGCCGCAUAGCCGCGGGAUCGUGCCAUGGAGGCAGGUUCCGACGCCAAGGGGGGCGACAGCCCCGCAGGCCCGGAGGACUCCCCAGCCGCCGCCGACCCGCGCAGCCCCGCGCAGCCGUCGCUCCCGCAGCUCCCCCGCCGCCCGCAGCUGCUGGACGAAGAUGCGGGGUCGGAGGAGGACCGGGCCGCUGCCGCAGAGGGCGAUGAGCUGGCCCGGGGAGACCCAGAACCCCCAUCCGCGCCGGGCGAGGCGGGGCCCGGGCCCAAGGCCACCGGCGGCACGGUGCCGCCCAUCGGCUUCGUGGGUGAGCCCCCGCCCUACGCGCCGCCGGACCCCAAGGCGGUGGCGCUGCUCUAUCCGCCCUUCCCCCAGGUGCCCGUGCUGUUCCAGCCUGCGCCCGGGCCUGCAGCGCUCUACCCGCCGCCGCCCGGCCCGCUCUUCCCACCUGCGGCUGGAGGAGCCUCCUUCCCCUUCCCCGCGUAUGGCGGCCCCGUGGCUGGUGCCCCCGCCCCCAUGCAAGUGGAACACAGGCCUCUGCCCAAGGACUUCAUGAUGGAGUCGGUGCUGGUGACCCUGUUCUGUUGCCUGCUCACAGGGCUUAUUGCCAUCGUCUACUCCCACGAGACUCGAGCAGCCCUGGGCAGGGGUGACCUGGCACAGGCAGAGGCAGCCUCAAGGAAGGCCCGUUCACUCGUGCUCUUCAGCCUGCUCUUCGGAGUGUUCGUGUCUACCAGCUGGGUCAUCUAUGUGGUAGUGGCCCUCUACCUCCCCUGAGGCCCAGGACUCACAGGCCAGGCUGCCCUUUCUGUGGAGCCUGGUCCCCACUGUAGCCAGCUGUCCCUCACACAGGGCGAAGGGGAGGUGGGCUCAGAAGCCUUGUUUAUGGGUGGCCUACUGAGGCCUUGGGUGGGAAAGGUAUGAGGGACACAGGCCCAUACAGCCUGCAGGUUUUCCUGGGAUGCCUGCCUUCAUCGUUAUUCCUGGAGACCACAGAUUAAAACUGUCUAUGUCUUCAGAGCCUCUGGAAGGACAUGGCUACCUCCAGCCCAGCUCAGGGAUCCGGCUCUGGUCAGUAUGGACUCUCUCCCAGAGUUCCGGCCUGGUCUUGCACCCUUGCUCACACUGGGAGAGAUCAGGGCUACUAUGUCGGUCAACAAAGUGGCAGAACUUCCUGUGUACUUCAGAGGACACGGCUACUUUCUGUCUUCCUUUUGUGUGCAGUUGAAUCCCCAGGUCUGUCUCCCGCCUUUCUCCGGCUGUCUGAUGCUCACACUUCACCCUCAUUUCUUGAGAUCCACUUUUCUGUAAAUGUCUCUCUUCUCUUGUCUGCUCUGGCUUCUGUUGGCCAUCUGCUGAGGCCUUUGGUUUCUGUCUCUUCCUGCCCCAGUUUCAUGAUCAUUCUCUUUUCAGUUGUCAUCCCAAAUAGGUCAACUGAGGGGUAGAGGAUGUGCCUCAGCUCAUGCACAAAGGCCCAUGUUCCUUCCAUUCCCAGCACUACAAAAAUGGGGUGUGGUGGUGCACAUCUGUAAUCCCAGAACUUGAGCAGAAGGAACAAAAGUUCAAGGUCAUCCUUGACUACACUGAAAGAUGGGGGCAAGGCUGGGCUAUAUGAUACUGUCUAAAAACUCGACAAGCAAAAGGGUCCCCAGCUGGGUCCCCAGUGAGGAAAGACUGUCCUGACUGGAGUGCUCUCAGAUCAGGCCACCUCAGGCGGUAUGAGACACCUGCACAGGAUUACACAGCUGUUCCCCCACCCGUGCCCUGGGGCUCGGCCCAGCUGGCUGAGGGAAAGACUGUCGUCACAGAGUCCCACCUGUGAGGAGUGUGCAAGGGUGCAUGUAAGGCACACUGAGCCCGUGCAGGCCGGCCUCUCCUUUCGGCCCUGCUGCCUGAAGCCACAGCCUCUGCCAGUACGGACACAGAAGCCCAGCCUCCUCUAGGGGUAAAGAAAGUCAGCAGUGAGCAGCAGGGGCAUCCAGGACACAGGGCUGUCCUGGCACCUGACCUUCAAAAUGCAAGACAGCUGCAGCAAAGAGGAAAAGAUUUUGGGGGGGCUGGCAAAUGCCUCAAAAGUACCUCAUUGAACCCACCAGCUAUCUACACCAUCCUUACACUCCUUUAAGUCAUGGGAGCUGGGCAAUGGUGGUGCAGAGGCAGGUGGAUCCCUGUGAGUUCAAAGCUAGCCUGUUCUACAGAGUUAGUUUCAGGACAGUCAAGGCUACACAGAGAAACCCUGUAUCAGACAAACAAACAAACAAUUACUCUGGAAGGUGUCUAGGAGGCUCCUUUGGAGGUGCUGAGUCCCCCAGGGGGUUUCGUUAAAUUGCAGUGGAGCCCGUAAUGGCAGCCUGAAGAUCUGCAUGAUUAAUGAGCUUCUUGCCUCUUCUGCUUCUGCUGCUGCUUCCAGACACCGUGGGUGGUGAUUAAUAAAACUGUUGAGAGUACCUGUACGGGGAUCUUACCAUAAAAGCUCCAGUGUCUGCUGUGUGAUGCUGCUGUAAGGUUGGGGCUGAUACAAAAAACAAGAAAGUGGAGGCUGGAGUGUGAGAAGCCGAGGAGGUGGAAAUCAGUACAGUGUACAGUGAGUAGUCAGCAGUCAGAGUGGGCACAGCUCAGCGCUGUGUAUGGAUGAACAGUCAGCAGUCAGAGUGAGGGACGGCUCAGCACUAGGAAGAGUCAGCAGGUCACGUGAGGGGAUGGCUCAGCACCAUCAAGUUAAAAGGUAAAGGAGUUUGCCACCAAGGCCACCAUGUUGGGCAAAAAUGAAUCUUUAAAAAAAAAAAAAAAGAAGCCAGGUAGUAAUGGCGCACACUUGUAAUCCCAGCACUAGGGAGGCAGAGGCAGGCCAAUCUCUGUAAUUUCUUGGUCUGUGAGUGAGUUUCAGGACAGCCAAGGAUACACAGAAAAAAACCCUGUCUUGAAAAAACAAAGAAAAAAAGUGCAGCACAAUUGAAGAUGACACUGAAUGUUAGGGUCCGGACUCUAACUCAUACCCACACUCAAACACACGUGCUUGCGCACACAACUGAGAUUUUUAGCAGUAAUUGCUUCAUACCAGUGAAUAGCUGAGGGUCAGAUGACUGUUCUGGGAGUCUCAGUGUACCACUCCAUCUCACAACUGAUAUCUUUACAACACUAGCUAAUCAAGUAUCUCAUUUUAUGUGUAAAG